UUUUGGUGGUGAUCACCUGAUGGUUGAUGAUGUAGAAAGCGUGAAUUCUAUUAAGAGAAGAAUUGGCGGCUUUAAAUGUUGUAUACAUUUGCCUGUGUUAUAGCUGUUUUGUUCAGUAAACAUUAUAUAGCGGAUGUAAGGAUUGAAACUUCAUUGACUUAGAAAUAUCAUGUCAGCAUUGUAUGCCUUAAAAUUCGAUAUAGAGCUUGUUUCUGUGUGAGAUCAGGUUUGUUUAGCAAAUAUAUGAAGAUAAAUUGUUUUUAAAAUAAAAUUUGAGUGUUGCUUUCUGUGGAAAACAUUUCUCUUCCUUAAAGCUCUGUGACUGCACUUGUAGGUUUCCUGCAUAUUAUGUCUAUUAAUAGCAGUAUUUUUACUAGUUUUACUAACAUUCAGUCGUAAUAUUUCUGUUAUACUAUCACUUAUAGACCAUUUGCUAAUCAGUGACUCUCUAAAUACCUGCCUUUGCUUGGUAACGCAACCAACAUACACGUAGGCAACAAUAGAACAACUGGGUUAUUCAACCCGUUUCUGAGCAACGGCCCUGUAAACACGUGCCAAUGCUUGUAGUUUGAGUUGCAUGAUCAUUUGGUGGAGGAAUUUUCAAAGGAGUAGUGAAAGGACAUAUUAUCGAGGUCGGGGAGUGAAAUGGGGUCAAAGAAGAACAGCACUUCUGCAGCAAAUAAAAGCAGUAAAUCUGUGCAGAAUAAUUUAGGACGCAAGAAUCAUGGGAAUGCAUCAAAAGUGCGUGGUUGUUCCUCUUCUGGUGACAUGGUAGAUCAGUCAGAAUAUCUUGGUUUCACCAAAGAUCAACUUAAAACAGAACUGAAGAGAAGAGGUUUAAAGACUUCAGGAAGCAAGACAGAAUUGUUACAGAGAUUGGGUCUCAGUAUGUCUGUGUCCCGAAUUGGUAAUUCUACUGUAAAGCGAAAAAGUGAUGGGAUGACAUCAUCAGGACAUAGAAAUGGUAACACUCUUACAUCACAGGCAGAAGUCAAUACUUCUAAAAUGGCGGAAAAGGCAGAACGUGAAGCUCUUGUUCUCUGGAGACAGCCAAUCAGAACUCUGAAUUACUUUAUACGAGAACUAUUCUUAGAUCUCUACAUAUAUGGAACCAAACUGAUCCAGUAUCGCUUGGCUCUUGGCAUCAUUCUUCUAGUCACUAUAGUUUGUUCUGUAUUGGUUAAUCUAGGUGGACCACAUCAACAAUAUUGGGACUCUGUCCGUAAGCAGACGUUGUGGUGCCUGUACUGGUUAGGUUUGGGCGUGUUAUCUUCAGUGGGACUUGGAACAGGUCUGCACACGUUUCUCCUCUACCUGGGGCCUCACAUUGCCACAGUGACAUUGGCAGCCUAUGAGUGUGGCAGUCUCAAUUUUCCUGAACCUCCAUAUCCAGAUGAAAUAAUUUGUGCAGAUACAGUAGAUCCAGAAUGGCAGGCAAGCAUCUGGAACAUCAUGUCAAAGGUGAGAAUUGAAGCGAUGAUGUGGGGUGCAGGCACAGCCUUAGGGGAGUUACCCCCAUACUUCAUGGCCAGAGCUUCUAGACUGUCUGGUUAUGAUCCUGAUGAUGAAGAUGAUCUCAGAGAAUUUGAGGAACUUCAACGGAAGAAAAACAACCCUGAAUUAAUGACAUAUUUGGAUCGAGCGAAGCUGUUUGUUGAAAGAUUAGUGGAGAAAGUUGGUUUCUUUGGCAUUCUAGCUUGUGCCUCUAUUCCUAACCCAUUGUUUGACCUGGCAGGGAUUACUUGUGGACAUUUUCUUGUCCCCUUUUGGACAUUCUUUGGUGCAACACUUAUUGGUAAAGCUGUGAUAAAGAUGCUCAUUCAGAAAGUGUUUGUCAUCAUUGCAUUUAAUGAAAUGCUGGUCGAGAGGGCUGUUGCUACAUUAGCGCACAUUCCUGCUGUUGGUUCUAAACUUCAAGAACCAUUCAAACACUUCCUUCUGAAGCAAAAGUUGAAGCUACGUAGAAAACCAGGAGAAGAGGUGCCAUCGGAAGGAAAUAUACUCUCGUCAAUUUUUGAGAAGAUUGUGGUAGUAAUGAUCCUGUAUUUUGUGGUCUCCAUCAUCAAUUCAUUAGCCCAGAGCUAUCACAAGAGACUACAUAAACAGGCACGUUGUUUAAAGAAAUCUGCAGAUUGAUGAAACCAUAUCUUAUAGUUGCCAUACCAAAAUUUGACAUUAGUGACUUUGAAGGGAAUUUGGAACAACUUAUUUUAAAAAGCUGGAUUUCCAUUCCAGUAAGUGUGAUUCCUUAAAUAGGAUUUCUGCAUGCACUCUUCAUCAGUACACAGGUUCUGUAAGCAAAUAUUUUCAUGCAGUGUUUGGAGUGAGUUAUUUCUUUUUCAGACAUGAUUAUGUCAUUUGUUUUCAGGGAUGUAUAUUUCCCAAGUUUGUACUUAAUAUCAUGGAGUUGGGUUUAAUACCAUUCUUUUGGUAUGUACGCAUGGUAAGGAAUUGUACAGGAUAAUGUAUUGUUUCUGCAAAAUCUGCAUUUGAAGACAGUGUAUUGUACCUUUCUAAGCAGAUUUUCUCGUUAUAGUGUACACUAUUAUAAAAUCUUCAGGCUGUUGUUUGAAAAUUAUGUAGACUUUCUCCCCUGAGUGUUAUUUCCAGAACACGUCCUUCAUAUUUAUUGCAUACAAGAGCAGCAUAUAGGUUUAAUAUGAAGUGGACAACUGAAUAACAUACACUCUGUUUUCUUCUCCAUAUUACUGAAGAAACCUUGUCCACAAAUUACUGCAUAUGUGCUGCUUUAGUAAUGUCAUGUUUUAAUUAACUGAUUACUAUUAAGUUUGAUAAUUAAGUACUGGUAUUUGUGAUAUCUCUGUUACUUCUGUCAGAAUUAUGUGUAUAUUGUGGCAUGUCUUCUAAAAGCCAGAACUAUGAAGCCAGUAGAGACAGUUGUUGCUAGUAAAUGGUGCAGCAAACAUGCCUGUUGCUAGGCAAUGGCUUGGUAGCCAUCACGUGAUUCCUCAACAGAUGUCCACACAACAAUAUAAGAGUGGUUAGAAGCAGUGCCAAGACUGUAUAACAAGGAGCAGUCUGCAGUAUCUUGAGUUGGAGGAGUAUGAGGUUGGUGUUCGAUGACUGCCAGCCUGUGAAGACAUGAAGCUGGGAGCAGAGGAAUGCCCACUGUUGGAAGAUGUUGCCAAGCAUUACAGUGGCUCCAAACACUAGUCUGAGUGGCAGUGAUUUGCAGUGUUGUUUAAAAGAACAAUAUAUCUGAUUACCAAUCCAGACCCCAUCCAAUGUCUCUAAAACCAUGACAAUAUGUCUAGGGUUAGCAUUUUUAGUUCUGAACAGUACAUUGUAUUCCUAGUUCCAUAUUUCUGGAAAAGACACACAAGAUAACACAACAGGAAGAACAACCUGUCUCUUCAAAUACAUAUGCACAUAGAGAGGACCAUACGUUAAUAACCAAAGCCACGAUAACAGAAGAACGGAAGUUUCAACUGUAAUUUUAAACACCUGAUGAUGACAAUAUUAUAGUGAAAAACUUUUAAAAACUUGAAAGUUAUGUGAUGUCUAAAAGUUUUAAAGUGAACAACUUUUAGGAAGUUUUAGAGAAAGACGUGUUGCACAUGAGAUGGUGGAACCAGCAACAUUUGAUACUAAGUGAUAUGCUGCAGGAUGAUACAAUAUAAUAUUGGUGGAGAGAGAUAUGAAGAAGAUUGAAUUCAGCAAAAUUUAUGUAAUAGUACAAAUCCUAUAAAUAUUAUGUUUUUGGACAUUAUCCAUCGUCUUGUCUUUAUCUAAAAGCCGUCCUGUUUAUUUUUCAGAA